UUUGGUGCGGAGCGGAGUGAGGCCAUGGAGAGGGAUGCCACCGCCGCUGGUUUUGGUGGGGCUAGCCGCUGGAAGGCGUCGCCGGACGGGGUGAUCGUGCUGCCCGCGGGGUCGGCGGCGCCCCAGCACGCCCGCCACCAGCGGGAUCGGGAGCGGGAGCGGGAGCAGCCGCGGGAGAACUGCCAGGGGGCGGGGGUUUUCGGGGAUCAGCAGCACCCGGAGCCGCCGGAGAAGGUGUUCUACAAGACGAAGCUUUGCGAGAAGUUCGAGGCGGGCGGCAGGUGCGCGUACGAGGACGGGUGCACCUUCGCGCACGGCCAGGCCGAGCUGCGCCCGCCGCUGCACCACGUGCCGCCGGGCCACAUCAUCAAGCGGAGGACGCCGCCGCCUCCUCCUCCUCCGCCGCCGCCGCCGCCGCCCGGCGCCGAUACCCCCUACGGCGCGUACCACGGCAAGGUCUGCUUCGAGUUCAGGGACAGGGGGACCUGCCACUUCGGGGAACGGUGCUCCUACGCGCACGCCUCGGCGGCGGAGAUGCGCUACCCUGGGGGGCCGAGGUCGGUGGAGCACGCGCUGAGGAACGCGCCGCCGCUUGGGAGGGCGGCGUACGCGCCGGGGGCCCGUGGCAUCAGCAUCAGCACCAGCAGCUACGCACCGGCCGCGAGGGCGUUCCAAUCUGCUCCCGCCGCCGCGGCCGGGGAGGACGGGCGCAGGUUCAGCCGACUGGAGCUUCUGGGCCGCAAGAAGACGAGCGGCAUCUACGGCGACUGGCCGGAGGAGGACUGAGCGCUCAACGUGCAGCCGCCAUCAUGUCUACCUGCUGCCGCCGUUGAUCACCGUGACAACUGGGCGAUCUAUCUUCCAUGUUGAACUGAACAAUGCUGCCAUUGAUGUUGUGCUUGUA